AUGCUGGUUCGGCGGAGCACGUUGCCGCUGACGUCAGCACAGUCAAACCAAGUGGUUCGGGAGCAGCAGCAGAUGGUGCUUUCCCAAGGCCUCGCUGCUGCUGUUUCUUCCGCGUGUGGUAACCCUGUAACCGGCGGCAGUGGUUCUGUAGCCCUCCGACCCACACCGCCUAGAAGCACGGCUGUAGCGGCAGCUGCGGCUGUAGCUGCGGCAGCUGUGACUAUACCGAGCGGUGCUUCCCCCCCUCCUCCUCUCCCAGGAGCACCCUCCUCCUCCGUUAUAAGCCAGGGCGGGCACAGGCACAGCCGGUCUAGGAGCGCCGUGGAGGGAGAAGGGUUGGGACAGGCAGGGGGAAGUGGAGGGGAGGGGCGAGGAGAGGAAGGGAUCAACGAGGAGGGUGAUGAUGAUGAUGAUGAUGAGGAGGAGGAGGAGAGGGAGAGGAGUGGAGUGUUUUUCAGGGGCCGGGCGGCGACUAUAUCCACGCUGCUGCCGCCCAGUGUGACUAUAGAGGAAGGCACGUUCCGCACAGCAGAGAGGUCUCCAAUGAGGCGAUACCAGCACAAAUUUUUCCAGCAGCAUCCGCAGCAGCAGCCGCAGCAGCAGCCGCAGCAGCAGCACCAGCGGCAGAUGUCAAUGGGGCAAACCAUACCUGGCAGGACGCGGGGCACGUCACAGAGCGUGGUGCUUGUGGUCGGCGCUGCUGGCGCAGCUGCGGCCGGCAGGCCACAGGGGCGGCGGCGGUCGUUGGUGUCGCACUCGGGCGGCUUGACAGCUGGCCUGUCUCCUGGCCUGGCCGCUCGCUCCGGCCUCACUGGAAGCACCUUUGCUGGUGGUGGUGCCUUCGGUGGUGGUGGCGCUGCCGGUGGUGCCAGUGGUAGUGGCGUUGGGUAUGUGAGCGGCAGCAUCAACGCCCACGCGGCCAGCAGCAGCAGCAGCUUCAUACGAGGCAGGAGCCGCACCAUAUCCACCGCUACAGUCACCACAGCUGUAGCGGGAGGAGCUGCGGGGAGAGUGGCCGGAGCAGUAGCAGGAGCGGGAUCGGGAGGAGUGGGAGGAGGAGCGGGAGUGCGAGGAGGGGGAGCAGGGGGAGGAGGAGGGGGGACGCUGUCAGCGCUGCCCCCUGCGCUGUCUCCACGCGCGUUGGCCCAGUUGGAUCGCAGCUUUGGCAGUGAUGAGUCCAUGUCGUCCAGUGGCGAGGUCGUCAACGUGCUGCAUGAUUCCUCGGGUGGUGGUGCUGGUGGCAUGAAGGGCGUGUGUGCUAUUUGCCUGGAGCGUCAGAGAGCAGGGAGAGGGCACGCCCUGUUCACAGCGGAGUGCGGGCACACCUUCCACUUCCACUGCAUCACCGCCAACGUGCGCCACGGCCACUCCGCCUGCCCGCUCUGCCGCAAGCGCUGGCACGAGGUCCCCUGGAUGGGCCCUCCCGUAGCCGCACCUCCCCCUGCUGCCCCUGCUCCUGCCCCAGCUACUGCUACUGCUGCCCUUGCUGCUUUCCCUGUGUCUGCGGCUGGUGGUGGUGCUGGUGCCGGUGCUGGUGCUGGUGGUGUUUCUGCUGCUGGUGGUGCUGGUAUGAUCUCUCCCUUAUCCUCUUCAGGUUCCUCCACUACCUCCACCAUUACUCCUGGCAUCACCGCACUCACCUCCCCAUCCUCCUCCUCUUCCUCCUCCCGCCACACUCGCACCCGCUCCUCCUCCCCCCCUGACAUGCUACUCGCACACUCCCCACGCGGCUCACCCAGCAACCUUCCUUUUCCAGAGCACCGGAUUUCUGCUGUCCCCCCUGCUGCUGCUGGCACUGCUGCAGCUGCUGCUGCUACCAACCAGGCAACAGCAGCAAUAGCAGCAGUUGUACCUGUCCAGAUGUACCUUCCCCCAGUAGCGAAUCCGUACACAGAGGACGGACCUGAGAGCUCAGACACCAGUGGCACGUACGAUUCCGGAGAGAUUCGGGCGGCAGCUGCUGCCGCCCAGUCCAAGGCCUGGGCGGCACUGAAGAGGAGCAGGGGCGGGGGAGGAGGGCGAGGGGGAGGAGGAGGAUUGUUACAAUCGCACCAGCCAGUCUCAGUGGCACCAACUGCUGGUGCUGCUUCCUCACCUGCUCCUGCAGAGACCAUCCCCGCUGCACCCACACCUUCAGCAGUAGCAGCCACAUCAUCGGCAGCACCUGUGUUUGCACCACCCACAGGCACAGCUUUACAGCUGCCAGGCACAAGCCUCAACAGCCCCCCUGCUGCUGCCCCUGGGACCUCUGCUGCCGCUCCCGCGGCUUCUUCUUCUCCUGCUGCUGCUGGCGAUGCUGCUGCUGCUGCUGCUGCUGCUCCAACCGGAGCUGGCACUACCACAGAUGGUGUCGUUUCUCCCACUGCUGGUUUGCCCCACCAGAAAACGCCUCCCUCAGAAAACGCGUCGUUCCCUGUCCAGCUGUCCGUGUGCGCGGAGCGUGUUCCUCCCCCUUUCAUGGAAGUUUCCGAGUGCUACACCGUGCUGCUCACUCUUAAAGCCCCUCCGCUCGACCCUCCCACUGCUGACUCCACCACUCCUGUCUCUCCUCCAACCGAACACCACCAGGGCUCACCGCUCCCCACCCCUGCCACCACCGAUGGAACCACUUCCACUAUCACUACUACCACUCCUGCCGCCCACUCAUCAAGAGUACCCAUCGAUUUAGUCACACUUUUGGACCUUAGCGGGAGCAUGCACGGGCCGAAGCUGCAGCUGCUGCAGCAGGCCAUGCUCUUUCUCAUCUCCCAACUUGGCCCCCACGACCGGCUCUCUAUAAUCACAUUCUCGUCACAAGCACACCGCGUGACGCCCCUGAGGAGGAUGACGGAGGAGGGGCGGCAGGAGGCGGAGGGGAAGGUGGGAGGGAUGGUGGCGGGGGGAGGGACGAAUAUUGCCCAGGGGAUGUUAAAGGCGCUGAGAGUGGUGGAGGAGAGAAGGGAGAGGAACCCGGUUGCGAGUAUCAUGCUGCUGUCUGAUGGGCAGGACACAGCCACGUGCAGCCAGAAGGGGUUUGGGUACAGCUCUCUCAACCACCCCAAGCAGACCUACAGCCGCCUUCUACCCAGCCAGAUGACACGCAACAAGUCCUCUUCGUCUCAAGAUGCCUCCUCCUCCGCCUCCUCUUCCUCCUCCCGGCGUCUAGUCCCCGUGCACACCUUUGGCUUUGGUGCCGACCACGACGCUGCCGCCCUGCACGCCAUCGCCGCCGACACAGCUGGCGUCUUCUCAUUCGUCGAGGAGCCGGCCGGCGUGACCGCCGCCUUUGCGCAGUGCCUGGGCGGCCUGCUGUCUGUCGUUAUCCAAGAGGCCAAGAUCUCGUUCGCCGUGGGAUCGGAUCUCCCCGGGUGGCAGAUCGCGGCAGUACAUGCGGGGGGGUAUGCGUAUAGAGUGGGGGAGAAGGAGAGGGAUGGGGCGGUGCUGCUGGGGGAUUUGUAUGCGGAGGAGGAGAGGCAUGUGAUGCUGGAGGUGUGGCGGAGACGACACGUGGAGGACGAAUCCAGAGACAGAGACACGUCAGCAGGAGCAGCACAGCGCGACAUGUGUCGCAUUCUGCGUGCGCGGUGCAGCUACAGAUGCCGCCCACUCUUCCAGGAUACCCACCGCACACCGCUGGUAGAGCUGGCUGUAGCACGGGUGGAGGAGGAGGAGUAUGAGGAGGGGGAGGGAGAGGAGGUGGAGGAGGGAAUGGAGGGAUGGGAGGAAGAAGGGCGCAUGUGGGAGGAGGGUGGUGAUGAGGAGUGGUAUGAGGAGCAGCAGAGGGGCUAUGCGCAUGGGCAGGAGGAGGGGGAGUAUGGGGCGCACAGCAGUGGGCAUGAUAGCUUCGCGGCGGCGCUUGCAGCAGCAGGCGGGUGGGACAGUGGAGCGCAGGGAAGUGGCAGGCAGACAAGCGGAAGGCUUGCAGGAGGAGCAUCCCAUGCCGCAUCGCCACCAGUCUCUGGAGCUAUGGAGUCAGGACGACUGGGAGAAGGGAGGAGGAGGAAGGUAGAGGCGGCGAGGGAGAGGAGGAAGAAGAAGGCUCCCCCGCCCUUGGCGCUGGAGAGGCAGAAGAACCGCCUCGCUGCCACCAAAUGCAUCACUGCGGCGCUGCAGCAGGCAGAGGCGGGCAGCCUGGCAGCAGCCCAGCGCACCAUACAACAGGGCGUUGCUGCUAUUGAAGCAUCGUACGCCAUGCAGCAAGGGGAUGAGGCGUCAAGGCACUUGAUAGACGAGUUAAUGGAGAUAGAGAGACGCAUGUGCAACAUGCAGACGUACAAGGGAGCAGGUUUGGCAUACGCUCUCUCAGCGCAGUCAGCUCAUCUGCUGCAGCGAGCCAACACGAAGGGGGGAGGGGCAGCAGAAGAUAGCACUGCUGGCCUCGACUACAUGACGCCUUCAAUGGUCAACAUGCUGCACAAGUCACGAGCGCACAGCGCUGCCUUCACGUCAUCCCCCUCCUCCUCCUACCCAUCCUCCUCGUCCCGCCUAACUCACCCUCACCGCCCCACACUCCCUCAAACGCACCCUUCACCGCACGCCUCACCACACCUGGAGGACACGAGCAACAGCAGCAGCGGGUCGCUGGUGCUGCCAGCACCUCACUCCGGGCCGUUCAUGGAUGGUAGGGAGUGCGAGACACCCACGUUCCGAGGCCGAGGGGUGCCAAAAAACGGUAGAGGAGGAGGGGCAGCAGUUUCUGGCGUUGCUUCUGCUUCUGCCUCCUCCUCCAAAUCACCCUCACAGCCGUUCUUUGAUGGUAGACAAGGUGCGAACGGGGCAAAUGGGAUGCUUGCUGCUGCGGCUGCAGCCCUACCUCAACCACCCCUGGAUGGUGGUGGCACCUACAGUAACAGCUGCUCGUCUCAGAACGGUGGUGAUCUCUCAUUUGGCAACUCCUGUGAGCAGCAGCAGCAGCAGGGUGAUACAGAGGAUCUCUCAUUUGGUUCAGCUUCCUUUCAAUCCAGACCAGUAGCAGCGUGCCAGACACGCCAACAGCAGCAGCAGCCGCAAGGAGGAGUAGGGCUGAGAAGGCAGAGGUCUGGCGUGCAACGCAGCAGCAAGCCGGCUCCCCUGGUGGUGCGCAGUGGGAUGGGUCUGGCUGCUGCUGUGGCCGCCGCUGCUGCUGCAGGGGAUGGCAGGCUGGACUCGUCUGCUUCGCUCUCUGCUGUGGCUCAUGCGCUCUCGUCCUCACCUCCAAAGCAGCAAUCCGGCUCCCCUGGUGGGUCUGCUUCGCUCUCUGCUGUGGCUCACGCCCUCUCGUCCUCGCCUCGUUCCGUGGAAGCCAUAAACGCUGUAGCUGGUUGCCGCUGCCGUCACUGCGCUGCUGCUGCUGCUGCUGCUGCUGCUGCUGCUGCUGCUGCAGGGGAUGGCCAGUUGGACUCCUCUGCUUCACUCUCUGCUGUGGCUCAUGCGCUCUCGUCCUCGCCUCGUCCGGAGGAGGGGGAGCAUGGGGCGCCUAGUAGCGGGCAUGAUAGCUUUGCGGCGGCGCUCGCAGCAGCAGGCGGGUGGGACAGUGGCGUGCAGGGAAGCAGCAGGCAGGCCAGAGGCGCUCAUGGUGUGUCACCACCGGUAGCAGGAGCUAUGAAGUCUGGACGGCUGGGGGGAGAUGGGAGGAGGAGAAAGGAGAGGAGGAAAAAAGCUCCCCCACCGUUGGCGCUGGAGAGACAGAAAAGGAGACUUGCCGCCACCAAGUGCAUCACUGCGGCGCUGCAGCAGGCAGAGGCGGGCAGCUUAGGAGCAGCCCAGCGCACCACACAGCAAGGGGUGGCUGGCAUUCAAGCUUCUUACGCCAUGCAGACGUACAAGGGAGCAGGCCUGGCGUAUGCACUCUCAGCGCAGUCAGCUCAUCUGCUGCAGCGAGCCAACACGAGGGGGGGAGGGGUGGCAGCAGAUAGCACUGCUGGCCUCGACUACAUGGACACGAGCAACAGCAGCAGCGGGUCGCUGGUGCUGCCAGCGCCACACUCCGGGCCGUUCAUGGACGGUAGAGAGUGCGAGACACCCACAUUCCGAGGCCGAGGGGUGCCAAAAAACGGUAGAGGAGGAGGGGCAGCAGUUUCUGGUGUUGCUUCUGCUGCUGCCUCCUCCUCGAAAUCACCCUCACAGCCGUUCUUUGAUGGUAGACAAGGUGCGAACGGGGCAAAUGGGAUGCUUGCUGCUGCGGUUGCAGUCCUCCCUCAACCACGUCUGGAUGGAUUGAGUGGCGGCAGCUACAGUAACAGCUGCUCCUCUCAGUACGGUGGUGAUCUCUCCUUUGGCAACUCCUGUGAGCAGCAGCAGCAGCAGAACGGUGAGACAGAGGAUCUCUCUUUUGGUUCAGCUUCCUUUCAAUCCAGACCAGUAGCAGCGUGCCAGACACGCCGACAACAGCAGCAGCAGCAGCAACACGGAGGAGUGGGGCUGAGAAGGCAGAGGUCUGGAGUGCAGCGGAGCAGCAAGCCGGCUCCCAUGGUGGUGCGCAGUGGGAUGGGUCUGGCUGCUGCAGUGGCCGCCGCUGCUGCAGCUGCUGGGGAUGGCCGGCUGGACUCCUCUGCUUCGCUCUCCGCUGUGGCUCAUGCGCUCUCGUCCUCACCUCGUCCCGUGGAAGCGUGA